AUGACCGCCUGUUUUGGCUUGUAAAUUCUGAUUUCCACCCAAUUAUCAUAAUAUGACCGAGUUUAGUAUCAAACUCGGGGUUUUCUGGGUAACUGAAUCGAUUCCCAUACACAUUUUUAAGAUAAGUGGUACUGUUGAGUCAAUAUUGGGGGUAUUCAAGAUAGUGGUCAGUUUUGGCGGGAAAAUUCGAUUUUUACAUAAGGAUCAACUUUGGUGUCAAAAAAUACGUUUUCGAGGAAGCUGAAUCCAUCCUUGUGCAUAUUUUAUUUAUUUAAAAGUGAUUCCCUGUACCAAUAUAGGAGAAAUUCCAAUUAGGGAUUUAGAUUUCCAAUUGGGGGACUCCAACCUUAAACCUAAUACAAUGACAUUCAUCCAGUAUCAACUAAAUUUGAUUUGGAGUGUCGCACAGCUCACGUCGGUAGGGGCGUAGGGGUCUGUCGAUUGGGGUCACUGUGGAAGCUGGUGGUGCCUUUUGAAGCACAUGGCGAUUUUUUUUUUCACAAAAUUAUUCAAAUGUUGAAACACAGAUGGAUACAAUAUCGCCCGUUUGUCAGAUAUGCAGUGAACCAUUUGAUAAUGAACACCCCACCGGUAUUGCCCAAAUAGAGGCGCCUUAUCAAGGUCUAGACAGUCCGCGGUGCCAAAAAAUUUUUUUGUGGAUCGUUGUCUUUUACAUGGUCUGUAGGCAAGACGGCCCAUUACAACAGAUAUAAACGGUGACAGCUGUUACAACAGUAAACAGUAGAACUCGCAACACCUAUUUUCUGGACAUGCCAAGAGAGGACAUAUGACGACUGGGCAUGAAUGCCAUCGUAUUAGAUCUGAGACAGAAACGACUACUCUUAAUCCCGAAAUCUCCAAUGGUAUUUCCAUAUAUUUUGACCCACUGGUACCAGUAAUUACCAAGAUGAAAAGGUGUCGAAAAUGGAAUCAUAUAAUGAUAAAUGGAUCAAAAUUGACAUUUUCCAGUCAAAAUUGGUGGCCCAUUUGUAUUUUUGCCAAUUUGACCCAUUUGUGUACGGAUUUCGGACUGGGACUUUUGUUUGGUAGUAAUAUACGUCUAGACCGACCAUAAACCGUGGUCGGCAUUUCUAUUGCAGCAACUGCCCGGAAUGGUGCAAAAUUGAGUUAAAAUGCCUGGACUAGCAUUAAUAUUCCUUAUUCAUUAUACUUCCUUGUUGAUUGAUAUGUGGUUGUAAAAUAUUAAAAUAUAUAUUAUUUAUUGAGGGACAGUAACUUAGGAUUAAAGGCAUGGAGAAGGAUUGGUUUUGAAAUGCCUGCCUCUCUUGUUUUUAAUCCUGUGUCUAUAUACAGACAAAGCCAAUUGGUGCAGCUAUAGCCAGCGGUACGAUGAAGGGUAUUGUGUUUGUAAUACUCCAUACGAGUGUGCUCAGGGAUGGCCACAUUGUUCUAAGACCAGAACUAAAUACAGAACAGCGCGUCGUUGUUGUCCUGGUUACUCAGGUGGUGGAUGUCAACCUAUCUGUAAUGGUAAAAGAGGAUCCACAGCAUGUGAUGCUUAUUUCCCUGAUUCACAUAUAAUCAAUACUAAUGGUAGUAUACAGAGACGGGUUGAUGGUACUUGUGUUAGUCCCAAUCGUUGUGCCUGCUCAACACCCGGAUUUUACUCUACUGGACCAACAUGUGAUAUUUGUUCACCGAUUGCUAACUGUAACCAGGAAACCUGUACCAGUAAAACAAACCAACUCUGUAGUAGAUGUGGAGGUGUUGUAGGCGAACAGCCUGGUUUUAGAGCUUAUGUUGUAUCGACAGAUCGUAAACAAUGUAACAAGGCGUGUUCAUGGCGGAGUGACAGUACACCAUGUUAUCCUGGAACAUGUCAGGAUGAACUAGUAGAGAACUGUAAUUGUAGCCGAGGAUUUAAUGGAACAAAAUGUGAUAACAUUAUGGAAGGACCGACUAUAAUGCACAAUAUUUUACGUAUAAGAGGAAGUAAUGGCGAUAUAACAGAAGUACCUAGUAAUAGUAAUGCCGGACCACCACAAUAUAUUGUAUGGACACAUAUUCUGAAUCCAGUCAGUCUUGACUUUAGUUUUACUGCUAUAUAUACACCUGAUGUUCCUACAACCAGUCAUCCAGCUUAUAUUAAAGAUUUUAAAGUUGGUAUAAUUGGAGGAGAGGUUACACUGAAAAUAGCUAACGACACAGAUGCUAUCACUGUUCCAUGUUUUAUUAAUGCUAGCCAAGAUAACCCAAUACAGCGGAUCAUCACAUGUAGACAGAUAUUUACAAAUCUAACAGAGUUAUCUGCACUUUCUAAUCAUCACGAUAUGUUAGAAGUGAGUUUCUCGGUAUCAAAUGGUGGAUUUGUAGUGAUAGAAGAUAUAGAAAGAAACAUCAUCACAAAGAAAUAUUUAAAUGGUUCUACUCGGACUCAUACUUUUCUGAUAAAUGUCGACACUAGCGCACCUGUUGAAGGCCGUAUAUAUGAUGGGGAUGUUGAAAGACUGGAAGUUGAUAAGAAAAUAGAUCUUGGAAAACCGGAAAUUCAUAAUAAAACGGAUCGUGUAAAACCGGAAGUUGAUAGUAAAACGAAUCAUGAAAUGUUUUCUUACUGGAAGGAUUUCUAUGAUAGAGAAAGUGGGAUCAAGUUUUAUCAAUAUGGAUUUGCGCCUAAAUGCUUGGACAGUGGGAACUUUAACAUUGAUCUCAAUAAAAGAAAGGAUAUUAUUCAAACAACAGCUACUUAUGCUUCCUGGGCAGCAAAAUCUGAUUCGAAAUAUGUCAUUACUGUGGUGGCCUAUAACGGAGCCCUACAACCUUCCAAACCAGUCUGUGAAUAUGAAGCUGACACGUCACUCUUCACCGACUGGGUUUUAAUAUCAGGUAUAACAGUCGCAGUGGUAGUUGUUAUCGUUGGUGUCGUCGUUAUUGUUGUCGUUGUGACAUGGAAAAUAAAACGGGUUAAACCCAAGGAAGACGACCCAUCAUCAGUGUAUGCGGGUUUAGAGAUGGAAACAAGAGCUGAAAACAGCGUAGAGUCAGUUUAUCAGGGUUUAGAUAAUUCCUUGGCAUGUCAGCCAUCAUCGAAUAAACCUGACAUUAUCUAUAACAAUGUACCAACUUCCACUGUACAGGAAGCCUCAGAUUAAGUAACUUCCAUCUUCAUAAUGAGAAUAUGUAUCGACCAACUUCCAUUGUACAGGAAGCUCCUCGGAUAAACUAACUUCCAUCUUCACAAUGUGAAUAUGUAUCGAGAGUAUUUGUACAAUUAGAGAUUGGUUGUAAAUAUAAUAUUUAUUGACAUUGUUACUAAUAUUGUAACCAGUGUCUUAUUAGUUGAGCCACGUGUCUAUUAUUCAAGUGUCUUACUCGUUGAGUCACCGUGAGUAUCGAUGUAAACGCGCAAAUAUAUACAAAAUCCCAGUUGUGUUAACCAGUACAUUCUAAAGGUAGCCUGGUAUGGCGAUUACGUUCUUCAGCAAGGGAUCAAAUGUUGUUCAUAAUUUAGAGGUGUUGCUCAACAAGUGACAAUUCUGUGUUAACUGUAAGGACCAGUUUGAAUAUAUAUUCAGUCUAAUGUCAUGUAUUUAGUAUCUCUCCAAACGAGGAAAUAUAUCUGUUACAUAUAGUUUAGUACUAUUAUUAUUUAAAAUACAAAUGUGACGUCAUCCUUUGAUGUUGGAGUACUAUUAUUUCAAAUAAUCGUACGGGCAAUGUGCCAAGCGUAACUUGGUAAAAUAUUGAACUCGAGUGACGUUUUUCAUUGCAAAGCACGUGCAAGUGUCUGUAUUUUAAGUUGUUUAAUGGUCUCGAGCUUAAGACAUUGCGUAAUACAUUGUAAAAACAUUCGGGCCUCACGGCCCUCAUGUUGUUAUAAUAUAUUACUUAAUGUCUCGCUCUCGACCAUUAAACAAUACUUAAUAUACCCUAUGUAUAUCAGUUACUUAUAUUUUGGUAAUUUUACUAUUUAAUAUAAACUAAGUUUAUUUCCAUAUAUCCAUUUAUGUUACUUAUAUUUUAGUACUUUUACUAUUUAAUAAUACCCUAAUUUUCCAUAUUAUUAUGGAUUUUGUCGUAUUUAUGUUUUGUAUUUUUAUCAGUUCUAAUGUAAUA